AAUGAUCGAGCUCGAACCCAACCCCGCACCCCGAUCUCGACCCCUCCACUAUUCCUAACCUCUCUCUCCCUCUCUCUCUCUCUCUCUCUCUAUCUCUCUCUUCUAUUUUUUUGAGAAAAGUUCACAAAAGCCCCUUGCACUUCGUCGUCUUCUCCGAAUCUAGGACCUCAUCUCCCUAAUCUAAACCCUAAUCUCGCGGAAGCUUCAGUGGGGCGAAUUAAUUAGCUGCUGAAACAUCUAUGCCCUGUUCCCAUGCAGAAAACAUGAAGGUCAAGAUUCUUCAAUGGCAUGCGGUGGCUUCCUGGACGUGGGACGCGCAGGAUGAGACAUGCGGGAUCUGCAGGAUGGCGUUCGAUGGAUGCUGCCCGGAUUGUAAAUUCCCCGGCGAUGAUUGCCCGCUCAUUUGGGGCGCCUGCAACCAUGCAUUCCAUCUUCACUGCAUACUCAAGUGGGUGAACUCUCAGACCCCUGCGCCGCAUUGCCCCAUGUGCCGUCGAGAGUGGCAGUUCAAAGGCUAAGAGGACUAACAUACGAGGUAGUUAAGUUGUUUUGGAGAAGUGUUUUACAGAAAUAGCUAUCAGAAGCAGCCCAAAAAGCCUUCUUAUUUGCCACUUAUCUGGAUUUUGCUGUAAGCUGUUGUAAUAGCUCAUGCUGUAAGCUGUUGUAGUAGCCCAGGCACUAUGACACCUUUUGACGUAAAUCAGCGAAGAUUUGGCAACUAUCUUGUCUUCUCCUAUGUUGAUUUUAGAUUUAUUUCUAUUUCUUUUCCCCCUUUUUUAAAAAAUAUUUGUGUGGGGUUGUGCUAAUAUUUUUUUUUUCUCCAAAACAUGUAUUAUAAUCAGGCUCUACCUUUGAAUGAAAUGCCUGCAGGGUUCUGAGUCGAAAAAAGAAGAAAUGGUGAUGAAUUUAAAUUA